AUGUCGCGACCUCCGGCUGAUAGGGGGCAGCAGUCUCACAGCCCAGAGGAUGGCGAUGCAGCCAGCGGCGGCGGCGGCUCCUCCUGCUCUCGGUGCCCGAGCUCGGUGCCGAUUCCUGCCUCUUUCCAAUCGGAGGCGGAGCCUCGGCCCGUCCCUCGGUGCACAUAUAGCCCGGGCAGAAGCCCGGCCGGACACAGGAGCCGGGGUAUGGAGACUGAGGUGCAUGUCCCGAUCGGGGCUCCCGCCGUGCCCAAGUUCGCCAUCUACGUGGACGAGACUGACGUGAUCCCCGGCGCUUUGGCGCUGAUCGGCAAGCUGCGGCCCAAGUGGGACGUGAGCCAGGUGAAGACCAAGUUAUUUACAGAUGGAAUUACAAACAAACUGGUUGGCUGCUAUGUGGGGAACAAAAUGGAAGAUGUCGUUUUGGUGAGAGUUUAUGGCAACAAGACUGAGCUGUUUGUGGAUCGGGACAAUGAGCUGAAGAGCUUCCAGGUCCUGCAUGCCAAUGGUUGUGCUCCAAAACUCUAUUGCACAUUUCAGAAUGGUCUCUGUUAUGAGUUCAUGCAUGGAACAGCACUCUGCCCACAACGUGUACGGGAACCAACUCUGUUCAGGUACCAGUGUUUACUUAGUGUGUUGCCUCAGUUUGUAUUGGUACUGUGUGGAACAGGUGAAGACUUGUUGCCCUUUUAUUCCUUUCAUCUUGAAUCCAGUCAAAACUUGGAUAGCUGUCAAAAGACCAAAUAGUUUGACUGCAAUUGCUAUUAUUCUGUCUUGAUGAACUGGACAGGCUGGGAUGGGGUUGGGGAAACAAGGAAAGACUCCUUCCUUCUCUGGAGACCAGCAUGAGGCCCUUCUAACAAAGGCUUUAGUUGUAAACUGCCUUCCUAGGAUAAGUUCUCAACCUGCCUCUUCCUUCUCCGUUUCUUAAACCACAAAGAUGUGUAGAUAAUUUUUUAGGAUGACUAUGCAUUUCAAGCAUUUGGGACAAUUUAGAAGUAGCUGAGCUGAACAUGUUUUCUGGUCAUUAAUGACACUACAGAUGUCCAUCAAAUAUAAUUCAGUUAGAAAACCA